UAAACAUUAUCCCUUUACAUGACUGAUAGUGUUCUUGCUUUAUCCAUUUGGAACCCCAUAAGAGUGGAGUGUGAAUGGAUGGAUUUCAGCAGAUUGGUGUUCCAGUUGUAGGAAUUCUUGCAGCUGCUGCUCUUACUUUCUAUGUCGUCAGUUUUGCUGAGCUCAGGGAGAAAUCAUUGAAAGAUAUAGAAGAAAGGGAAGAGAGUGAUGGGGGUGGUGGGUUCAAGUCAUCUUUGAGCUCCAGAGUGAGAAGGGCAAGAAGAAAGGCUGAGAAGCAGUCCAAAUCUUGACAUCAUCAAUUUUCUACCAAUUUAUGUAUUUUUUUUUUUAAAUUUUUGGAGAAAAUGUUGUGCCUUUUUCUGGAAAAAUUCUCUUGAAAGUAGUUAUUGCUUAAAAAUUUUAAAGUAAAUUACAACGGGCUUUUCCGUCGUUACUUAAAAAAUAUUUUCUUGUAACAGCCUAUUAUAGGGGAUAUUUAUUAAGUAUUUGUAAUUUUAGGAGUAUCUGUAAUUCGGGGAAGAAUAUUUAUAAUUCUUUAAAUAAUGAUGAGAUAUUUAUAAUUAUUGAAGAUUUCAAAGUAUCCAUUACAGAUAGGGAUGGUUUUUGGUAGUGUGAGACAGCAGAACAUGCACCUCAAGAGGAGAUGAAUAACCAUUUGCUUGGCUACCUACAUUUGUGAAAUGACAAGUAAAAAUUUGAUUUCUUGAUUGAAAUUCCAGUGUAAUAUUAUUGGGGGGAGGGGACAGCCAGCUCAGGUUUUUUCUACAUGGGAGACAUCAAAUCUUUUCACCAUUGUCCAAACUGCUUUGAAUGGAUCACUUCUGAGA